GUAUCUGCUGAACUUCCUAUCUAUACUGUGGCGAUGAUGAGUGACUCGUCGCAGUGUUUUAUCAAUAAUAUAAAGUUUCCGAUUUAUGCGCGGACUUACUCAUUUUUAGUAAUUGUACAACGUUCCUGUGUUGAAUGAAAUAUUCUAGGCGAGAUAAAUGUAACAAGAUUAUUUGACAAGAAUAAUAUGGACGUAGAUCGCGUUCAAGACGAUUCCUAUUUGAGAAUCGACAUACCUAAAUUGUUCGAAAUUGCUACUUCAAAAUCUAAACGAGGCGAGGUACAUACAGACGAAACGAGCCGGAUGACAGAUUCGUCGGAAGUAGUGGUUGACAAAGUUCAAGAUUUGAAUCGACCAAAGUUGACGAUUGGAAUGUUCUUUGAAUUCAUGAAACUUGCCCAUCGAGUCAAUGAUAAUUGUGAAAAUUUAAUUACGAUUCUAACCGAUACUGCCGGUAAUAAGUUCGAUUGGAGCGAACUAGCAAAAAUUGAUUUGGGCUUCGGCACGCGGAGUUGGAGCCUCGUCCUCGAUGAAUAUCGACGCAUCGAUGGUAAUGUCAUGCAGAACGAUAAAAACUCGUCGUCGUCGUCAGCGAAUGGAGCGGAGAGACCGAAUGAUCUUCCCGAGACACUCGACAUCGAUGUUAAAAGAUCUGCGUCUUUCGAUCAAUACGAACAUCGAGCAGCAGUACGCUUACGCGGCGAUGAUUCGAUGACCGCUAACGACCGUUUCUUCGAAAGACGCGACCCGCGAGUCGACGAGAGUCCGUCCCGUUCGAACGAUCGAACGAUGGUCGCGGAAAAUUUGUUAAUCUCGUUGAUGAAAACGAAUUUGAGCGACGUAUUGCACGAAGGUUUAUUCGACUCGGUAUUGCCGUACAUGAUUCCAAAGCCAACCGUGUCACAGCCCGUUAUCAAGAAGUCCGUCACCAAUUCUGCGGAACUGAAGAAGACCAACUCCUUGAGCGGUAACAUCGAAGCCAGAGCAGUUCUCAAUGUCACGCAUAAGGAGAAGGAGAAAGAGAAAGAGAAGACUAAAUCGUGUAGUGUCAAAAGAUCGUCCGAGAACGAAGUAGAAAUUCACGUAUGCGACGAGGAAAAGAACAUGAAGAAGAAUUUUCACUGUACUCAAAGACUUCUCGUACAGAAAAUGCGUUACUUCGCCGAGGUAACGGCUGGCCAAAAAUUGGAGGAAAUAGAUAUAUCGGUUCACUGCGACAUCGCUAUCUUCGAUUGGCUGAUGAGAUGGGUGAAGAAGGACGUUAUAAAAAAAUCGGAGUGGCCGAUUCUCGAGACUACGAACGUUAUUCCGAUAAUGGUGUCGGCGUCGUUUUUGCAAAUGGAACCGCUUCUGGAAAAUUGCCUGCAAUAUUGCCGGGAUAACAUGUCUGAAAUAUUGAGAUCGUCCACCGUUCUAAGCGGUUUGGACGAUAAUCUAUUGACAAGAUUGAUGGAACAGUUUACGAACGAGGAUGUGGAAAUGUUGAAAGACAAGAAGGAUAAGAUCCAGAGUAAGCUGUUUUGCAAAUUGAUCGCGUCUCUCGCCGAAGUGAUGCCGGACAAUAAAAAGGGCCACUACGGUUCUCUGGCUACCUUGUUCAAGUGCAGCAAAUGCGGCAAGAAUAUUGUACAAUCGGUAUCCAGUCGCGUACCCUGUGUCUCGACCGCGAUGAAAAUCGACAGUUACGGAAACGUUCACAGUAAACAUAUCAGAGACUUGACGUGGACUUUGAACGAUUACAUCGUCACUCUGCGGACGGAGUCGCGUUCGUGGCGGAAAGUCUAUUGGAGAUUGUGGGGCGAUUGCCACUUUUUAUUCUGCACGCGAUGCAACACGUAUUUUCCGAUCCACCAAUUCGACUGGUGCUGUUAUCACGCGGAACUACCACAAUUCUUUCUCAACGAACGACAGCGACCUACGCCGUUUCCUCUAGGCAGAUACCCGUGCUGCAGUCAACGAGCGUACAAGUUUCAAGUAUUACUGCCGAAUCGCGAAGGUUGCAGGUACAGGGGGCACGUUCCAGACAUUCGGACGCAAAAGGAUAUAAGCGUAUUGAACAUCUUUAUCGCGAACAGAGACACGAUAGCUGUGGAACCGCCACAGUUGUUCUUUCCAGAAAAGAUCACGAGAUUAGUGGCUCGCGAUCCGUUGCUUCAGCCAGGGAAAUUAAUUUGCAAAGACGCGAUGUGGUGGAUUGGGAUAGAACUUAGCCCGCAACGACCAAAACUUGGACUUUUAGGUACGUAUUACUCCUACGUACGUACGUUCAUACCACAUACAGGUGUUUCGUGGAUUUAUUGUUCCAUUCGCUCUAUUCGUUCGAACGUCGUUGAAGGAAAGAUUUGGAGCGAGUCAGGGUUUCGGCGUUUGUGUCAACUUCAAGAUUAUUUCCAAAGAUCAUCGCACAGAAUUUGUCAACAACAACAACAGCAACAAGUUUCCAUCGCUACUGAUACUUCAUCGAUCGCGUCUUCGACGGACAGUGACGCGGAGGAUGGUAUCACAACUUGUUGCGAGAACAGUAGUAGCGGCGAGGAAUCGAAUCAUAGCGAAGAGUCCCACGUGUGGUCGCCUUCGUUGAAAUCGAGAAGUAAACCGAAGAAAUGUCCGAAAGGUCGAUCUACGUGGAGAAAUUCCGGUCGAUCUUGGAGCAGUAAUUUGAACGUGAGACAUAAUCAAGAUAAUCAGAGGGACUUUGAAGAGAGCGCGGCGUUACAAAUGACAGCGUUAUUGACGGAGAGAGUGUCCGCAGAUUUUUCCGUAUUAUCGAAAUCGCCCAAUAAACAUGGUCGAACGAAGAAAAAUUUAAACGGUGGAACUUACGCACGGUUGGAAGCGGAACUCCGCGAUCAGCUAAAUCAUCCGUCCUACAAAAAUAAAUCGACCGCUGGAAAGUACCUUGUCCGUGCUAGAGAGAAAUCAAACAAACCGUAACAGUGUGUGAAUAAAACGCGCGACGUACGACAACGAU